AUGACGGCCAAUUUCCAAGAUCCGACUCAGCUUAAACUGAGCGUGAAGGCGCUGUUUCAAAAAUAUGUGGAGGACAUUGACUUUGUACGAAGUCGUAUGGCUGAGGACGAGGCGAUUAGAGAAUUCAAUAGACAAAGAGAUCACCUUGAAAAACAGGUUGCAGGUCUUAAAAUGCAGCUAUCGAAAUCACUGGAUGGAUCCAAGAGUGACAUUGGAAAGAUUAUGGAUGAGAACUGCACUCUGUUAGGAGAAAUUAAUAAUCUUCGAAGUGAGUUGAAAGCUACACGUACAAGAUGUUUUCAAAUGGAGUCUAUAUUGGGUUUGUCAGCGCGUUAUAUCCCGCCCGCCACUGCGCGCGCUAAACUCAAACACGUCACAGAGGAGCGGGAAAAACUUGAUGAGAAAUUUAAACAGAAAAUCGAUGAGAGAGAGGAAAUCAUUGUAGCUUUAAAGGAAGAAAAUGAUCGUCUCCUUGGAAAAGUAAGAUGUGCUGAUGAAAUAGAACCUUCUGAGAAUGACACUGAAGAACAAUGA